UCGCAGCGGCAGCCCCUCGCUGGAUGCAGAAAGGCACAGAUUUUGCGAUUUUUAUCUUUUCUCAUUCCUCCCUUCCCUUCCCCUCCUUUCCCCACCAAAUUCUCUUCUUCUCGCCACCCUACCUCUCCUGGACGCCUCUCCCUUCUCCUCUUCUCAAGACAUUUGGAAUCCUCUAGGGAGCUAAUGGAUACUAAGGAAUCAGCUUGGCACAUUCUUCCGUCGAGUCCCUUUCCAGAAGAGGAGCAUUAAAGACAUGCACGUUGCUUGCUCCCCCCCCCUUCUUGUUUUUUUCUUUCUUUUCCUAAAACAAGACCCAGCCUUCAACUUAGCUUCCUCUUCUUCUCCAAGUAUUUAUGAUUGCAGCUCAGGUACAAAACGAGGAGUAGUUUGAUAAGGAUAUAGACCCGCAGCUAACUGGAAUUGAUUUAUAAGUGGGGAAUCUGCAGCAAAGGGAUGCUCUCUUCAUAUCGCAACUGUGGAAAACAGAAUGGGCAAUUGAAUGUCGCCUGAUAAACAGGGCUGAGUGAAGAUGCCGCCUAGGCGGGAAUGAAGUCACGGGGAGAUGCCUGUCGUGUGCAGCAGCUUUUGAGAGUUUUCUGACGGGCUCCCUUUCUGGAGGCUUGAGCCAUCCAUUUCAUCUCCCUGCUCCCUUGCCAAGAGCACUGCUCUAACCCCUCCCUACCCACCGAGUGGAUACAAAUAAGAUUUGCUCCAACCACAGCAGGGCAACUGAUGUGGGACCAUGGCUUUUCCAACAUCCAUGUGGCUGAACUGCGUGUGGAGAGCGAUGCUGGUCCGCCUGCUGCACAUGGGAUUGGACGCCACCUUCACCCUCUGCAUACUCGGGUUCUUGCUUCACGCUGCCGCCGUCUCGUCGCAAAAGUUGGAUGAUACCGACCCGGUGGUGACCACCAGCUUCGGGAAAGUCAGGGGGAUGAAGAAGGAGUUGAACAAUGAAAUUCUGGGGCCGGUCAUCCAGUUUCUCGGGGUGCCGUACGCCGCUCCUCCAGUCGGGGAGCGCCGAUUCCAACCUCCUGAACCGCCGUCUCCUUGGCCAGAUAUCAAAAACGCCACCCAGUUUGCACCGGUGUGUCCCCAGAACAUUAUAGAGGGCAGGUUACCUGAAGUCAUGCUCCCUGUCUGGUUUACUAAUAACUUGGAUAUAGUUUCUACCUACGUGCAAGAGCAGAACGAAGAUUGCCUCUAUCUGAAUAUAUAUGUUCCAACUGAAGAUGGUCCCCUAACAAAGAAACAGACAGAUGAUUUAGGUGAUAAUGAAGGUGCAGAGGAUGAAGACAUUCGAGAUAGUGGGGGGCCCAAACCUGUGAUGGUGUAUAUUCACGGAGGGUCCUACAUGGAAGGCACUGGAAAUUUAUAUGAUGGCAGUGUGCUGGCAAGCUAUGGCAAUGUGAUAGUCAUCACCGUCAACUACCGUCUUGGGGUACUUGGUUUCUUGAGCACAGGGGAUCAAGCAGCUAAAGGAAACUAUGGCCUCCUGGACCUCAUUCAGGCCUUGAGGUGGACUAGCGAAAACAUUGGGUUCUUUGGGGGCGACCCGCUGAGAAUCACUGUUUUUGGAUCUGGCGCCGGCGGCUCAUGUGUCAAUCUCUUGACUUUAUCCCAUUAUUCUGAAGGUAACCGUUGGAGCAAUUCAACCAAAGGACUUUUUCAAAGGGCAAUAGCUCAAAGUGGAACAGCUCUUUCCAGCUGGGCAGUCAGUUUUCAACCUGCAAAAUAUGCCAGGAUGUUGGCUACAAAGGUUGGCUGCAAUGUGUCCGACACUGUAGAAUUAGUAGAAUGUCUACAGAAGAAGCCUUACAGAGAACUCGUCGAUCAGGAUAUCCAACCAGCCCGAUACCACAUAGCCUUUGGUCCAGUCAUUGAUGGGGAUGUGAUACCAGAUGACCCUCAGAUAUUGAUGGAGCAAGGAGAGUUCCUCAACUAUGACAUAAUGUUGGGCGUCAACCAAGGAGAAGGGUUGAAAUUUGUUGAAAACAUUGUCGACAGCGAAGAUGGCAUAUCUGCAAGUGACUUUGACUUUGCUGUUUCAAACUUUGUCGAUAACUUAUACGGAUACCCUGAAGGCAAAGAUAUACUGAGAGAAACAAUUAAAUUUAUGUACACUGACUGGGCGGAUAGACAUAAUCCUGAGACAAGGAGGAAAACACUGCUGGCUUUGUUUACCGAUCAUCAGUGGGUUGCACCAGCGGUUGCUACAGCUGAUCUCCAUUCAAAUUUUGGAUCACCCACAUAUUUUUAUGCCUUCUACCAUCAUUGCCAAACAGACCAGGUCCCGGCAUGGGCAGACGCUGCUCAUGGCGAUGAGGUUCCUUAUGUAUUAGGAAUCCCAAUGAUUGGUCCUACUGAAUUGUUUCCUUGUAAUUUUUCCAAAAAUGAUGUCAUGCUGAGCGCAGUGGUGAUGACGUAUUGGACAAACUUUGCAAAAACUGGGGAUCCGAAUCAGCCGGUCCCACAAGAUACUAAGUUCAUUCACACGAAACCCAAUCGUUUUGAGGAAGUAGCAUGGACCAGAUACUCUCAGAAAGACCAGCUUUACCUUCACAUUGGAUUAAAGCCGCGAGUGAAAGAACAUUACAGGGCCAACAAGGUGAACCUGUGGUUGGAACUGGUACCUCACCUGCACAAUCUUAAUGACAUUUCACAGUAUACCUCUACGACGACUAAAGUGCCAUCAACCGAUAUUACUUUCAGACCAACCCGGAAAAAUCUGGUACCCGUAACUUCAGCCUUUCCUACAGCCAAGCAAGACGAUCCCAAACAACCGCCAAGCCUAAUUUCAGGAGAUCAAAGAGACUACUCCACGGAGUUGAGUGUAACUAUUGCUGUGGGAGCAUCUUUGCUGUUCCUGAACAUUUUAGCCUUUGCAGCUCUGUAUUACAAAAAGGACAAGAGGAGGCACGACGUCCAUCGGAGAUGUAGCCCGCAGCGUACGACUACCAAUGAUCUUACACACGCACAAGAGGAGGAACUAAUGUCCCUUCAGAUGAAGCACACUGACUUGGGUCAUGAAUGUGAAUCCAUCCAUCCACAUGAGGUGGUUCUCAGGACCGCCUGCCCCCCAGACUACACACUAGCUAUGAGGCGGUCACCUGAUGAUAUUCCUUUAAUGACCCCCAACACCAUUACAAUGAUACCCAACACUAUACCUGGGAUUCAACCCUUACACACAUUUAAUACAUUUACCGGUGGACAGAAUAACACGCUGCCCCAUCCUCACCCUCACCCUCACCCGCACCCCCAUUCACAUUCAACAACUAGGGUAUAGCCAGACAAGGUGAAACAAACUUUUUUUUUUUUUUGGUGGAUUACAGUGGGUUAUAAUGACAGAAGACUUCACUUGGCUUUCAACCUACAAGACUCUUACUAUUUAAAUAUGGAGGAAUAUUAUGUGAAUAUACAUAUCAAGAACUUUGGGGAUUUUGGGGGUGGGAAAUGAACUGUACAUAUAUACAAAUGAACUUUUAACAAAAAGGAAAAAAAAAGAAAUUAUAACUUUUUUGCAAUUGCUUGAAGCAGUUGUCCUGAAUGAUACUUUUUUUCAUUCACAUUCAAGUAUUAAUUUUUUGAGGAUUUAAGUUACAUAAUGGAAUUAGGCAUGUGCAACACAAAAAGUGGGAAAGAAACUAUGACUGAAAUUUAAAAAGUUCUAUGAAUAUGCACAAUGGGACACGUUAAUGGAAUGUCAGAUAAUUUUCACCCGUUUUUUAUUUGGAACUGUUUUCUUGUGUAGACCAUAUUUACAUAUUUGGAUAAGUAUACAAAGCACUAGUGCUGUUAAAAGGCCUUAGAAAGGGGCUUAUAUGCUGAGAUCUGCCAGUUAAAAAAAUAAAUAAAAGGAAAAGGGAGAAAAAAAGGAAAUGAGCUUUUAUAGUCUGGCAGGUUAUCACAUAAGUGCUGUCAGUAUAAACAUUGCGGGAAUAAAGGAAACCGGAUAUUUUAGCACGAUGUGCAUGAUAAUUUAUUAUGCUUGGUGGCUGUGCUGCUGAUUAAGCCGUAAUUAAAAAAUUCUUCUUGUCCCAUUGGAGUUCUCAACAGAAGCUUCUUUCCUCAAUUGGCGCAACCUAAAGGAGGUUUGUUUUCAAGGGGGGAAAAAAAACCAUAAUUGACAACUCCGAAAUUCCCAGUAGCUUCCCAGUAAUGGAAGGCAUUACGGAAGGUCUUAAAAGUGUUUGAUGGUACUGUACGCUACCCGGAUAGGAAUCCCAAAAGAACAUGAAAGGCAACUCUAUAUGUUUGUAAAGGCUCUCUUUUCUUUACACCCAAUUAAUUUAUAGCGAUAACAACCUGAAUAGGGCAUCCUUUGAUGAAGCACUUAACAUGUUGAAGGUUCAUUACAACCUCUUAUGUUUAUUACCAGUAAAAUAAAU